AUGGAUACGACAACGAUUUAUCUUAUUGCUGAUUGUUAUGCAUUGCCAGAUAAAAUUGAGGUUGUACGACAAAUAUUAGAAAGCUUAAUUGAAGUAUCCCGUAAAGAAGUCGGUUGUAUUCGAUAUGAAUUAUUUGAAAAUCUUCAGGAUAAAACACAUUUUACAAUUAUUCAUCGAUGGCAAUCGGAAGAUAUUGUCGAAAACCAUUUUACAGCCAAACAUACUUUAAAGGCUACUGAGAUGUUAAAAGACAUAUUAGCAAAACCGACUGAUGUUAGACGAUAUACGUGUUUAGCGAAAGAUGAUAGAACAAUAAAUAAAACUAAAUCAUAUAGUGGUUUUUGUUGCACUCUUUAA